AUGUGCAGCAUUGUGUACGAUCAGGAGCUACAAGCUUCGCCGCCCAAACACUUGGAUGUGCCCUUCUUCACCGAGGUGCUGGAGACGGCACUGCGCACAUCCCGUAUUCAGCUGACUGGGAUUCACUGCAGCAUGGGCAGCAGCACCGGCGAGAACUACUGCAGUCAAAUCUAUCGUGUGAAAUUGAGCUACAGGCAACAAAAUGGCAAAGCUUCACAGAAGGAUGAGCAAAUGAUGGUUAUUGUGAAGAGCAUACCGCGCAUUGACUCUGUGGAGUUCCUUGAAGACUUGCAGGUGUACUUGAAGGAGAAGAUCACUUACUAUGAGCUGUUGCCACGCCUGGAACUGCUUACGCAAUGCAAACGACGCUUUGGACCCAAACUCUAUCAGUGCAUGAAACAGCCGCAGAACACGCUGGUCUUUGAAGAUCUUGGCCAACAUGGCUAUGUGAUGGCCUCACGUGAAACGGGCCUAGAUGAGACACAUUGUCGUCUGGUUAUGGAACGACUCGCCGAAUUUCAUGCCGCCUCAAUGGUGCUAGCAACGCUGGAUCCCGACAUUUUUGAAGCCUAUGGGGAUGGCAUGUUGUCACCGGAUGGCCUGGCCAAGGACGACGGCCUGCUGAUGCGCUUCUUUGCCGGCAAUGGACAACAGCUGCACAAGCUGGUCAACAGCUGGUCGGGCUACGAGCGGAUUGCGGGCAAGAUUGGCAAAUACUUGGAGCAGCAGCGCGCGCAUUUGGUGCGUGCCCAGGCGCCAGUGGAUAAGGAGAUCAAGGUGCUGAAUCAUGGUGAUCUUUGGGUGAACAACAUGCUGUUCAAAUACAAUGGAGCACAGCAGGUGCAGGAUGUGAUCUUUAUAGACUUUCAGCUAAGCAUUUGGGGCAGUCCCGGCAUCGAUCUGAACUACUUUUUCUACACCAGCCUCAGUUUGGAUGUGCUGAAGCACAAGCGGCCGCAGCUGCUGAAAAUCUAUCACAAUCGCCUGUCGGAGACGCUGCUCAAUCUGGACCUGGGCGUGCCUGUGCCCAGCUACGAGCAGCUGCUGGCCGAGGUGCAUCGUCGCGAGGGCUAUGGAUUUUUUGCCAAUUACGGCAUACUGCCCACCGUUAGCCAGGACAAGUCUGAAACGUCUGACAAUAGCCUGGAGAACUUCACAGACGCCGAUUUUACCAAGCAAAAAACCGAACAAAUGUUUGCAUCAACCCGUUUGGCAGAGACGCUGCGUUACACUUUGCCGCAUUUCGAGCGAGCGGGUGUUUUUGAUUAAAUAUUAACAGUAAUUGGUGUGGCACUCACCUGGACACGUGUUUUAGCUUAGUUUACAGAUAUUGCACAUAUAUUUACACAUUAAAAUAAAGUUUUUAAAGAA